AUGCCCUCCGCAACCGGAAACAAGCGCGUCCGCGGCGUCUCAGUCUUCCGCCCCUUCAUCUUCGGCAGCGAAGCCCAACCCUUCGAUCCGGAGAAGCGACCGGCCAACGCGCCGGCCGACCACACGCACCAAUGGCGCGUCUUCGUAAAGGGCAUUAAUGACGAAGACAUCUCCUACUGGCUGAAGAAAGUGCAAUUCAAACUCCACGAGACCUACGCGCAAUCCAUCCGCACCAUCGAAGCGCCCCCCUUCGAAGUCGUCGAGACAGGCUGGGGUGAAUUCGAAAUCCAAAUCAAGCUCUACUUUGUCCCCGAGUCGAACGAGAAGCCUCAGACGCUCUGGCACAGCCUCAAGCUUCACCCAUACGGUCCCGACGCGGAAGGUAUGAAGGAGCGUCGGGAGGUGGUUGUUAGCCAGAACUACGAGGAAGUUAUUUUCAAUGAGCCUAUCGAGCCCUUUUACGAGGUUCUUACGGGUGGUCCGGCGGGCUCCGCGCCUAGGGGUAAAGGGAAGAAUGCCAAGUCUGCGGGUCGGACGGCGGAGAUUCCGCUCGGUGAUACGCCGAAGAAUCCUUAUAGUCGCGCAACGGAGAACAAAGAGUUGGAUCGGAUGUCGGAGGCGACGAGGACGGUUGAGCAGAUGAUUAAGGAGGAGAAAGAGCGGUUAGUUGAAAGGGAGAAGAAGCUUGCUGAGCUUAGGGAGAGUGAGGGUGUUCCUGCUGUUACAAAGAAGAGAUGA